AUGGAUAGGAGAAAUGAUUACAGUUAUAAGAUGCCCCUAUUCCAGGGCCUUCUGCCUCCCCUUGGGAGCUUGGGGCCAUUCCCUCCUGAUGUACAGGCUGAGACUACUGAAGAGGACGGUGUCUUGCUGAUGCAUACUCUCUUGGUGGCAACAAAAGACCCCCUGGCCAUGGACCCACCAGUUGUCAACUGGCCUAAGAAAAGCAAGACCAAGAAGGUCCCUAUUAAGGCUAUUACUAACACCAUAACCGCUGCCUCUCCAGUCCCAUCUGCCAAUGUGAUUACUAUCAACAAGUCUAAAAUACCUUCGCAAGCUUUAAAACUGCCAAUCACCCCCCAGAUCAACCAAGCUUCAGCUACCACUGAGAAAGCCAAUACUCAGGCUUCUUCAGUCACCACUCAGCCUACGAAAGCCAAUACAAAGAGAGACACUAUUAAGGCAAUCCAAGGCUCCCAAUCUCCAGCUGGCAGUGAGAAUGUCAUUAUACAGAUCAAAUCACCCUUGCAAGCCCUAAACCUACCAGUCAUCUCACAGACUAUCCAGGCUCCACUUGCCAGUGAGUCAGCCAAUUCCCAGGCCUUGAUAGCACCAACCAAGCCUAAGAAAGCUUCCAAGGUCAAAAAGGCUGCCGAUAAGGCCAUAGCCAGUGCCACUGAGAUCUCGCUAGCUUUAACCACCACCCACACAGCUACUACCCAAGGCCAAAUUACCAAUGAGACAGCUAAUACUCAGGCUACAGCAGCCUCUAGUCAAACUAAGAAAGAAGACAAGACAAGAAGGCAUCUGUUAAAGGUAGAUACUGACGAUACUGACACUGAGCUCCCAGAGGCCUCAAAUGCCCUUGAGAGAGCUAUCAGGCAGAAUGAGAGCUCAGCAGCAGUUAUCCAGCCCAGAAAAUCCAAAGGCAAGAAGGCUGCCAAUAAAAGCAUAAAUUCUGCCUAUGAGAUCUCUGAGGCCCCACCUGCCACUCAAAUGGUCACAAACCAAGUCCUAACAGCCACCCUCCAGGUUAAGAGAGGGUCCAGGGCCCAAAAGACGGCCAAGUGCAGGGCAGCUGAAAGCCAGACUCAAAUUGUUGACCAGGGGGCCCAGGCCAAGAUGGCCAGCUCCCAGACCAACGUAAGUGCCCUUGAGACUCAGGUUGCUGCUGCUGUCCAGGCCCUGGCAGAUGACUACCUGGCUCAGUUGAGUCUGGAGCCUACAACCAGGACCUGGGGCAAGAGGAACCAAAAGUCCAAGCAUCUGAAUGGGGAAGAGAGAGGUGGCAGUAAUUACAGGUGGAUCCCAUGGGGCUGGAGGCCUCCGCUACUCUGAGAUGUGGCCAUUUUGCAAGAAAGGGCAAAUAAGUUGGUGAAAUACCUGUUGGUUAAAGACCAGACACAGAUCCCCAUCAAGCGCUCAGACAUGCUGAAGGUUGUCAUCCAAGGAUAUGAUGAAUAUUUCCCAGAGAUCAUUGAACGAGCAAGCUACACUCUGGAGAAGAUGUUUCGAGUCAAUCUGAAGGAAAUUGAUAAGCAGAGUAGCUUGUAUAUUCUCAUCAGCACUCAGGAAUCCUCUACAGGCACCGGAACGACCAAGGAUACACCCAAACUAGAUCUUCUCAUGGUGAUUCUGAGUGUCAUUUUUAUGAAUGGCAACAAGGCCAAUGAGGAUGAGUGGCUGGCUGUCAUCUGGGAGGUGCUGCACAAGUUGGGGCUCUGCCCUGGGAUGAGGCAUUCGCUCUUUGGGGAAGUGAGGAAACUCAUCACAGAUGAGUUUGUGAAGCAGAAGUACCUGGAGUAGAGAGUCUCUAACAGCAGACCACCUGAAUAUGAGUUCUUCUGGGGCUUGCACUCCUACCAUGAGACUAGCAAGAUGAAAGUCCUCAAGUUUGCAUGCAAGGUACAGAAGAAAGACCCCAAAGACUGGGCUGCUCAGUACUGGGAGGCAGUGGAGAUGGAAGUCCAGGCUGCAGCUGUGGCUGCUGCUGAGGCUGAGGCCAGGGCGGAGGCAAGAGCCCAAAUGGGAAUUGGAGAGGAAGCUGUGGCUGGGUCCUGGAAUUGGGAUGACAUGGAUAUCGACUGCCUAACAAGGGAAGAGUUAGGUGAUGAUGCUCAGGUCUGGAGCAGAAUUUCAUUUGAAAUUGAGGCCAGAGCUCAAGAAAAGGCAGAUGCCAGCACUAACAUCGACUUCAGCAGAGGAGCUAGUGUGGGAGCUAGCUUCCAUGAUUGUGCUAGUAUUAGCUUCAGUGAUGUACCCAGCCCCAGUGGUGGCUUUAGUGGCAGAGCUGGCAUUAGCUUUGGUGGCACACUCAGCACCAAUGCCAGCUUCAGCAGCACAGCCAGUAUUAGCUUUAGUGGCACACCCAGUACUUGCUCCAGUUUCAGUGGUGGAGCCAGCCUUAGCUUUGGUGGCACAUCCAGCACCAGCUCUAGUUUCAGCAGUGAAGCCAGCAUUAGCUUUGGCGGUGCCCUUUGUACCAGUGCCAGCUUCGGUGGUGGGGUCAGCUCUUGUUUCAGUGGUCCACUCAUCACCAGUACCAGUUUCAGCAGUGGAGCCAGCUCUGGCUUUGGAGGCACACUCAGUACCACUGCUGACUUUAGUGGUACGCUCAUUGCCAGCACCAGCUUUGGCAGUGCACACGGCACCAGUGCAGUCUUUAGUGGUGCACUUAGCACCAGCACUGGCUUUGGUGGCACACUCAGCACUAGUGUCUGCUUUGGUGGCUCUCCCAGCUCUAGUGCCAGCUUUGGUGGCACACUCAAUACUAAUAUCUGCUUCAGUGGCUCUCCUAGCACUGGUUUUGAUAGCAUACUCAGCACCAGUGUCUCCUUUGGUGGUAAUUCCAGCACCACUGCUGAUUUUGGUGGUACACUAAGCACCAGCGUCUACUUCGGUGGCUCUCUUGGCACUAAUGCCAGCUUUGGUGAUGCACGCAGCACCAGUGUUGGCUUUAGUGGGGCACUCAACACCAGUGCUUGUUUUAUCAGUGCUGUCAGCACUAGUGCCAGUUUCAUUGGUGUACCCCCCAUCAACUCUGGUUUUGGCAGUGUGUUCAGCACCAGCGCUGACUUCAGUGGGGCACUUAGCACCGCUACGGACUUUGGCAGUGCUCCCAGCACCAGCAUUGGGUUUGGUGGAGCUCCCAGCACCAGCCUCUGCUUUGGCAAUGUGUCUAAUACCAAUCUAUGUUUUGGUGGCCCUCCUAGCACCAGCAACUGCUUUAGUGGAACUACCAGUGCCAGCUUUGGCAAUGGACCCAACAUCAGUGUGGGUUUUAGCUUUGGCAAUGGUUUAAGUACCAGCACUGGAUUUGGUGGUGGACUGAGCACCAGUGCUGGCUUCGGUGGUGGACUAGGCACCAGUGCUGACUUCGGUGGUGGACUGAUCUCCAGCAAUGGCUUUGGUGGUGGGCUGGGCACCAAUGCUGGUAUUGGCAGCACACUUGGCACUAGUGCUGGCUUUAGUGGUAGACUCAGCAUCAGUGAUGGCUUUGGCGGUGGGCCUAAUACCAACUUUGAUGGAGGACUGAGUGCCAUCAUAGGCUUUGGCAGUGGUUUCAACACCAGCAUUGGCUUUACUGGUGAACCCAGCACCAGCACUGACUUCAAUGGGGGACCCGGUUCUAUCAUUGGCUUCAGCGGUGGACUGUGCACCAGUGCUGGCUUCAGGGGUGGACUGAGCAGUGGUACUGGCUUUGGCGGUGGACCGAGAAGUGGUGCUGGCUUUGGCGGUGCACCGAGCAAUGGUGCUGGCUUUGGUGGUGGAGCCACUAGCCUUGGUGCCUGUAGCUUCUAUGGCUAG